UGCCAAAAAAAUGACAUCAAUAAACGAUAAUAACAACAAUAAUAGUAAAAAACAACUAACUAUCCUGGUGGCACCGGGUUCAUUUGUCGGCCCGAUAAUGUCGUCCAUCGGGAUUGCCGAGGUAUUGCGCGACAGUGGCCAUCGGGUAGUCUAUGCUGUUAAGGCCGACUGGCGGGACAAACUGGUUAAAUUGAAUUUCGAAGUGGAACUGAUUGGCGGCGGCGGUGGGGAACAGGAGGAAAAAGAUAGUGUCGAAUCCAAUGUCGAAUUGGCUCAGUUACUCAUGGGUAACGAAAGUCUAUUGGACAAGGAAAUCAAAACAGUCGACUGUUAUACCGGUUGGAUACCUGAACUGGAAGCUAAUGAACCCUAUUUUCAAGAUAUUAUUGAUCGACUGAAACCCGAUUGUAUAGUAUGCGAAUGUGUAACAUUGCAGCCGACAAUUAUCAACUCCCGGUGCGUUAAAGUCUAUUAUCAUAGUAACAAUGCAUUGUCAAUGGAUAUGCUAAUCGAUGAUCCCCGAUUGCCGCCAGCACGCUUAGGACUGUCACUGAAUAGUGAUAAACAAUUGUGGAAAGAGUAUAGAAAACAACUAAAUCAAGCAAAACAAAAGUCGUUAAAUGAGUGGCACAGUUGGCUUCAAUCGAAAGGAUGUCCGCCAAUGAAUGAAACACAAAUUUUAUACCCGUCUCCCUAUGCUAACCUGUAUUUGGCACCCAAAGAGCUCGACUAUACCGAUAUUAGGCCACUUCCAGACAAUUACUAUCAGUUUGACUAUUUUAAGCGAACCGCCGACGAUGACGAUGUGUUUGAACUGCCGGAAAAAUUUAGGCAAAAAUCAGGAAAAUUAGUUUACCUGUCGUUGGGAUCGAUGGGCAGUUCAGACGUUGAUCUAAUGAAACGUUUGGUCGGUAUGUUAGCUAAGUCUGAGCACCGGUUUAUAGUAUCGAAAGGUGUCAAUCACGACAAGUAUGAGUUGGCGGACAACAUGUGGGGCGAAAGGUUUGUCUCACAGGUAAAGGUGUUACCAAUAGUCGAUCUAUUCAUAACACACGGCGGCAAUAACUCUAUCACCGAAUCCAUGUAUUUCGGUAAACCUAUGAUAGUGUGUCCCAUAUUUAUGGAUCAGUUCGAUAACGCACAGAUAGUCGACGACAGGGGUUAUGGUAUACGUCUCAAUCCAUACGAGUGCUCUGAACAACAAUUAUUACAAUCAAUUGACAAACUAUUAAAUGACACAAAAUUGGCCGAAAAGUUGGCAAAAGCAUCAAAAAGAAUACAAACUGAUAAACAAAUUGAAAAAAUAUCGGAAAUUAUUGAAAAUUUAGUUAAAAUGACAUAA